AUGGCCCUGCUGGCCCGGACUCUAAUCGCGAGCGCGGGACACGGCUGGCUGCGGGCGGCGCGCGCCUUCCCCACCUCCGCGCCACCUCCCGCCGGGCCAGCCCGCGCCUUCUCCCGCGCCAUGGCGUGCAAGCAGGAGCCGCAGCCGCCGUGCCCGCCGCUCAGCGCCGGCGCCGAGAUCUCUUACGACUACCUGGUGAUCGGCGGCGGCUCGGGCGGGCUGGCCAGCGCGCGCCGGGCGGCGGAGCUGGGCGCCCGGGCGGCCGUGGUGGAGAGACACAAGCUGGGCGGCACAUGCGUGAAUGUCGGAUGUGUACCUAAAAAGGUAAUGUGGAACACUGCUGUCCACUCUGAAUUCAUGCAUGACCACGUUGAUUAUGGCUUUCAAAGUUGUGAAAGUAAAUUCAAUUGGCGGAUUAUAAAGGAAAAGCGGGAUGCCUAUGUGAGCCGCCUGAACACCAUCUAUCAGAAUAAUCUAACCAAGUCCCACAUAGACAUCAUCCAUGGCCAUGCAGCUUUCACGUGCGAUCCCCAGCCCACAGUGGAGGUCAACGGGAAAAAAUACACCGCUCCUCACAUCCUGAUCGCCACAGGUGGCGUGCCCUCGGUUCCUCAGGAGAGCCAGAUCCCCGGUGCCAGCCUAGGAAUAACCAGCGAUGGGUUUUUUCAGCUGGAAGAGUUGCCUCGCCGCAGUGUCAUUGUUGGUGCUGGUUACAUCGCUGUGGAGAUAGCUGGCAUCCUGUCUGCCCUGGGUUCUAAGACAUCAAUAAUGAUACGCCAUGAUAAGGUGCUUAGAACUUUUGAUUCAAUAAUCAGUUCCAACUGUACCGAAGAGCUGGAGAACGCUGGCAUUGAGGUGCUGAAGUACUCCCAGGUCAGGGAAGUUAAAAAAACGUCUUCAGGCCUGGAACUCCGCAUGGUUACUUCGAUUCCUGGUAGGGAACCCACCUUCACCACUAUUGCAGAUGUUGACUGCCUGCUCUGGGCCAUUGGGCGGGACCCAAACUCCUGGGGCCUGAAUUUAAACAAACUGGGGAUUCAAACUGAUGACAAAGGUCACAUCAUAGUAGAUGAAUUCCAGAAUACUAACGUAAAAGGUGUCUAUGCAGUUGGGGAUGUGUGUGGAAAAGCUCUUCUUACUCCAGUUGCGAUUGCUGCUGGCCGAAAACUUGCCCAUAGACUUUUUGAGUGCAAAGAAGAUUCCAAAUUAGACUAUGACAACAUCCCCACAGUGGUCUUCAGCCACCCCCCUAUUGGGACAGUGGGACUCACAGAAGAUGAAGCCAUUUAUAAAUAUGGAAAAGAAAAUGUGAAGACUUAUUCUACCACCUUUACCCCAAUGUAUCAUGCAGUUACCAAAAGGAAAACAAAAUGUGUGAUGAAAAUGGUUUGUGCCAACAAAGAGGAAAAGGUGGUUGGAAUUCAUAUGCAGGGAAUUGGAUGUGAUGAAAUGCUGCAGGGCUUUGCAGUUGCAGUAAAAAUGGGAGCAACAAAAUCUGACUUUGACAACACGGUUGCUAUUCAUCCUACCUCUUCAGAAGAACUGGUCACACUUCGUUGAGAACCCAGAGACUUGUAUGGCUGGCAGCUGGACCAGUAGACCUUCAGGAAGGAACCAAAUCAUCACGUUUACUUACUGUUGCCACUUUACGUAUUUCUUUAUCGUAAUCAGAAUCUUCCAAGUGUGGAAAUUUUCAGUCAGCUUAAUUCUGUAAUCAGAAAUUUGUUUUGUUAUUCAGGAUUGAUUUUUCACUUGGUCACAUCUCUCAGUAAUUACUAUUUGUUUUAUUAGUAGCUCUGGGCUGGCUGGUUUUUGUGUUGUCUUAGCCUCAUCCCAAGUAUAAAACUAUAUGAAGUACAGUUAAACGAAUGUACCUGAAUGAAUAUAGCUUGCUAAUUUUUAUAGAGAGGAUGACAGCUGCUCUUCACAUUUAAAGAAUGCAAGUACAGGGUCAUUUUGUUUUUUAUGAAGCCAGUACUGUGCUCUGCAUGUUGCAAAGCUGUUUCAAGGAUGUGAGUUUUCUUUAAAAACAUAUAACUUAAGAGGCAUACCUCCUGUAUUUUAUUCUUUCUUUUGUUCUAAGUGAUUUAAAACGAUUCCUGUUAACUUUUAAGAGAUGAAGUUUAUCAAAUUUGGGAAAGAUUUGAGGAGGCUGGUUGUGUGAGGGAUAUUUGAGAAGUGACUCUGGCUUUCAGAAGGAGAGGGACUCAAAUACUUCAAAAGGCCUUUCCUCUGCUAAGAGCUCAUAGUUCAGUGAAUGGUUGCAAUUUUUAUAUGUGUUCUUGUCAUUUUAUUUUUUUGAAAACUAUUUCCAAAAAUCUGAAAAUAAAAUCGCAGU